CUAUCUCCAGCCACCCGCCAGUAAAGCGAGCGAGUUAGGAAGGCCAGAGCGCGAAACCAUGAAAUCUUCCUCCUCCUCCUCCUCUUCUUCUUCUGAAACAUCUCCUCCAUUUGCGGUGCACCCAUCUCUGUUGCUGCCAAACCUACCAGACGAUGUAGCCCUGCAAUGCAUUGCAAGGGUCCCACAUUUCUACCAUAGCGAUCUCUCCCUCGUCUCCAAAUCAUGGCGCUCCCUCCUCCGCUCCCCUAUCUUCUUCUCCACUCGCAACCGCCUCAACUGUACCCAACAGUUCCUCUUCAUUAACGUCCGCAUCCAUGGCUCUUCCUUCAAGUGGUUCGCCCUCGAUCACACCCCAUCAAACACUCAAAACCCUAGAAACCUCUCUCCUGUUCCUCCCAUCCCUUCUCAGGCCAUCGGCUCCGCCUUCGUUGUCAUCGGUCCCAGAAUCUACGUCCUUGGUGGUUCCCUAAACGAUAUUCCAUCCUCCACCGUUUGGAUCUUCGAUUCUCGAUUCAGUCGAUGGGAAAUCGGUCCCAAAAUGCGUGUCGGUAGGGAAUUCGCCGCUGCUGGUGUUCUCAAUGGGAAAAUUUAUGUCAUGGGAGGUUGCUUGGUGGAUUCCUGGGCUCGAUCUACUAAUUGGGCGGAAGUGUUCGACCCUGUGUUGGGGUCUUGGGCUCCUGUCCCCAGCCCUGCUGAGGUUAGGGAGAAAUGGAUGCAUGGGAGUGCUGUUAUCGAGGAUAAAUUUUAUGCCAUGGCCGAUCGGGGAGGUGUUUUCUACGAUCCUUUUGAGGCGUCGUGGGGUUAUGUACCGACUGAGCUGGAUUUGGGGUGGAGGGGGAGAGCUGCUGUGGUUGAUGGAGUUUUGUAUUGCUAUGAUUAUUUGGGGAAAAUCAGGGGUUACGACGUGAAGGAGGGCAUAUGGAAGGAAUUGAAAGGUGUGCAGAAGGAUUUGCCCAAGUUCUUAUGUGGUGCGACCAUGGCUAAUGUCGGAGGGAGAUUGUCUGUUAUCUGGGAAAAGAAGGGGACUGGUAAACAGAUGGAGAUAUCGUGUGCGGAGGUUGAGGUUCAUAAUGAUAGCAAUGGGGGAUUGUGGGGUUCAAUCGUUUGGUCACAAGUGAUCCUGGUGAUCCCCGUUGGCUCAUCAAUUGUUCAUUGCUUGGCGGUUGAAUUCUGAGUUUGCUCAAAGAUAUUGAAUGCUUGUUCAGUUGGAUGCCAAGAGCUGCUAUGAGGUAGCUGAUGAUACCACGAGGAAUGGAAUCACAUGACAAUUGUGUUAUUCACGGGCGUACUCUCCACCCUGGACUUUGAUUUACUUGGGUUUUGCUGCUG